AUGAAGCCCGCCUGGUAUCUGGCAGCCGCAGCGGCCAUCACCGCAGCCACUGCUUCUCCGCACCCCGCAUAUCAGCAACAACCGCUCGGCAAUUCGCCCUCGCCCGCCGAGGAAGUCAGCCAGAGCUACGAGGAAUCCAGCAUAGAUUCCAUCAUAGCCAAUGACCCGCUGCUGUCAUUCCACCGAGACCUAGUCGAGAUCGAAUCGAUCUCCGGCAACGAGCACAACAUCGGCAUCUUCGUCGCAGAGUAUCUCGAAUCAAAGAACUUCACCGUAAUCAAGCAAGAAGUCGAACCAAAAAGAUACAACAUCUACGCCUACCCCUCAGGCUACACAUCACCACCCACCAUCCUAGUAACCAGUCACAUCGACACCGUCCCCCCCUUCAUCCCAUACUCAGUCCACUCCCCCUCCCGGGCCAAUGACCCCUCCACCCUCCAAAUCGCCGGCCGCGGCUCCGUCGACGCAAAAGCCUCCGUCGCAUCCCAAGUCUUCGCCGUCCUAGAAACCCUCUCCGAAACCCCCGCAAACAUAGCCCUCCUCUUCGUCGUCGGCGAAGAAAUCGGCGGCGACGGCAUGAAAACAUUCUCCGACUCCGCGCUAAACAAACAAAGCGCCUAUCACACCGUAAUCUUCGGCGAACCAACCGAGGCCUCCCUCGUCUCGGGCCACAAGGGAAUGCUAGGCUUCAAAGUCUUCGCGCACGGGCAGGCCGCUCACUCCGGUUACCCGUGGCUCGGCAAGAGCGCUGUCUCAUCGAUUCUCCCCGCCCUCCUCCGCGUCGACAAGUUAGGCCAAAUCCCCGUCAGCGAAGGAGGACUCCCGUCUUCACCCAAAUACGGGCCCACGACGCUGAAUGUCGGUGUUGUUCGCGCUGGCGUUGCGACGAAUGUCGUUCCUGCUGAGGCGAUGGCUGAUGUCUCUGUUCGACUGGCAGCCGGUACGCCCGAAGAAGCGCGGGAAAUCAUUCAAAAUGCCGUUGCUGAUGCUGUGGCUGAGGCUGGUGUUGAGGCGGAGGUUGUUGUUGACUUUAAGAGUCAUCGGGAGUCGUAUCCGCCGCAGGAUCUGGAUACGGAUGUCGAUGGGUUUAAGGUUAUUCCUGUGAAUUAUGGGACUGACGUUCCUAACCUCGCGGUUCGGGAUGGUGUUAAGAGAUAUCUUUAUGGGCCUGGUAGUAUCUUUGUUGCGCAUGGUGAUAAUGAGGCACUUACUGUGCGGGAUCUGAAGGAUGCAGUUACUGGGUUCAAGGUUUUGAUUCGCGCUGCUUUGGAUAGAGAGUGA